AUGCAGGUCAAGAACAUUCUGCCUCUGGCUUUGGCCAGCACUGUGCUCGCCCAGAGUCAACAAAGCUUGACGGCCGCUCUAGCUUCUCAGAACUCUAGCUUGUCGUCUCUCACAGCACUCCUCGGCACCCAGCCGGCUCUGGUCGAAGCCCUUUCCCAAGCACAGAACAUCACGAUCCUGGCACCUAGCAAUGCCGCCCUCGAGGCAUUCCUUGCAAGCCCCGGUGCCCAAGGUGCUGCGACUAAUCCCGGCCUCGUCGCCGCGAUUCUUCAGUAUCACGUCCUGAACGGCACCUACUACGCCUCUCAGUUCACCGAAGAGCCGCAAUUCAUCCCCACGCUGCUCUCCAACGAGACUUACACCAACAUUACCGGCGGUCAGCGCGUUCAGGCCCAGACUGUUGAUGGCAACGUCACUUUCUACUCUGCCUUAAGAGAAAACUCGACCGUCACGGCCGGCAAUGUCAACUUCACCGCUGGUACCAUCCAUAUCAUAGACAAGGUCCUGAGCGUUCCCCAGCCGAUUCCUGACACCCUUCGCGCUGCCAACCUCACUGCUGCUCUGGGUGCUGUCCAGGCUGCAAAUGUUGGCCCUACUCUCGCCGCCGCAAAGGAUCUGACCAUCUUCAUCCCCAACAACGAGGCCUUCCGCUCCAUCGGUAACCUCACUGCUAACUUGACCGCCGCCCUGCCCAGCAUUCUCCAGUACCACGUUGUUGCCGGCGCCGUCUUGUACAGCCCCGAUAUCACCAAUACCUCACUGACUACUCUCAACGGUGGAAACGUCACAGUUCGUGUCAUCAACGAGACUGUCUACGUCAACGAGGCAGAGGUUCUCAUCCCCAACGUUCUUGUGGCCAACGGUGUCGUUCACGUCAUUGACAACGUCUUGAACCCCAACAACACUUCCGUGGAGCCCGAUACCACGGCUUCCACCCGCGCCCCCGCAUACACUGGCGCUGGCACUGCUACCGACGGCAGUAACCCCUUCACCAGCGGCAUCACCGGCCCCACUUCAACUGCCCCGCUUGCCACUGAGACUGGUGCCAACAACGGUGGUGGUGUCCGCACCACCUCCUCCAGCACUCAGGCUGGCCCCAUGCGCACCGCUGCUGUCGGCGCUGCUGCCCUCUUUGGUGGUAUGGCUGCUUACAUGAAUAUUUAA